UGGUUUGAUCACACACACACACGCACACACACUCGCCUUGGAUUGUAAAGUAGCAGGGAAGCUGUAGGAGCUGCAGCAGCCUGGUGGAUGAAGCAGAGAGGAAGCCAAGAAGUUACUUUUAGAGAUUGUUAAUCGCGGUGCGUAAAAUGAAAGUGGUGCGUAAAUGUCUGCGCGGUAGAUGAUAUCCACAUUUUAAAAAGUUGACCGGCAAACUAGCUGUAAACUAAAGUCACAGGCUGAAGUCCACCCUCGGCACGGAUGCUGUUGGAUGUCUGCGCUCCUGCUUCUGAUCUUAUUUGAGUCAUGGCUUACUCUCAGCUGGGAUACUCCUACUCCACCACUCCGCAGUUUCUGAUGACCUCCAGCUCUCUGGCCGGCUGUCUGGAGCCGGGAACGCCUCCGUCACACCCGGUGCUGCGCUCCCCGGCCCACCAGCUCACCUCUGGCACCGGCAUCGGAGUCUACAGCGGAACUUAUCCAAAGAGCCAAGGAUACUAUAACACCUGCACCAGCGACGCCACCGCUCUCUACUCCAGAGGGCCACUUGAUCCCAAAGACGGAGCUGCCUCUGUGGGGACAUCUCAGACUCCUGCCUACUAUCCCUAUGAAUAUACAUUUGGACAAUAUCCAUAUGACAGAUAUGGGUAUUCCUGCUCUGACGGAGCUUCCCGUCGUAAAAAUGCCACCCGAGAGACCACCAGCACCCUGAAGGCUUGGCUGCAGGAGCACCAGAAGAACCCGUACCCCACAAAGGGAGAGAAGAUAAUGCUCGCCAUCAUCACCAGGAUGACUCUUACACAGGUGUCUACAUGGUUUGCCAAUGCACGCAGGAGGCUGAAGAAGGAGAACAAGGUGACGUGGUCACCGCGGGCUUGUAAAAGCUCUGACGACCGGGGCUGUGACGAUGACAGCGACGAAGCUGAGAAGCCGCUUAAAAAUGAGAAAGACCUUCCUGAUCAACAGUGUGCAGACCUGCAGAGUGACCUUGAGGACUUCGACCUGCUGGAGUCAGACGCUUCUGACUGUGAACCCAAGCCACAGUUUCUACCUGAGGACAGUGACGCAAACUCAAACACAGACCGCCCACGUGGGCAUCUCACACACAACCUAGACGCACUGCACGGGAAAGAGAGAUUGUCUCCAGACUGCCCCAAACUCACGCCGGUCCAACAGCAAAACAGCCCCUUCUAUUCCAACCCAGACCCUCGAAGUACACACACCAAGCCCAAAAUCUGGUCCAUCGCUCACACUGCUGUGUCUCUGGACGGCAGCUUGCAGCCAGAGUACCCUCCCUGCAUGCUGUCAUCAGCUGGGUCCUCCUCUCCUGGGUAUCCAUCAAAUAUGGCGCUAACCAAGGCAGACAGGGAACAGGAGUCACCGGUCGCCACGCUCAGAGAAUGGGUGGACGGAGUUUUCCACGGUCCUCCUUUCCAACAGCCCAAACCAGCUGAGGCGUGGAAAGGCUUAAAUGAUGGCGUGAUAGACAGCAGAACACCCGGACAGUCCUUUGAACUUGUUAGGUCGACGUCGUCUUUGUAGUCCACCCAACGCACCGUCAACGGAAUAUUUCAAAGACUGAUGGACUUGAAACAGAAAGUCUAUAUUUUGUUGUUGUGACUUGACCAAUUGACCGUUGACUAAACGCCAUUCCCCU